AUGUCUGUUGGUGCUUGGAAUGUUAGGGGAUUGAAUAAAUCUGUUAAGCAGAAGGAGGUUAUUGAUGUUAUUAGGUGUAAUAACCUUGGUAUUUGCGCUGUGAUUGAAUCUCAUGUCAAAAUCUUAAAUCUCAAGAGUGUUUGUGCUAAGACUUUUGGGCAGUGGGAUUGGAUCUCUAAUAAUAAUAGUUGUGAAGCUGGUACUAGAAUAAUAGUGGGGUGGAAUCCGAGACUUUUUGAUGUGAUUCUGCUUUCUCAAUCCAAACAGGUUAUUCAUUGUUAUGUUAAAUUGUGUAAUUCGGAUAUUGGCAUGUAUUUGUCUUUUAUAUAUGCUGCUUCGAAUUAUAUUGAAAGAAGAUUACUUUGGGAUAAUUUGAAAAAACAUAGUUUGGUUGUUAAUAGGGAAGCUUGGGGAUUAUUAGGUGAUUUUAAUGUUGCUUUAAAACCUUCGGAAUAUUCUGAAAGCUGUUCUAGAACUCCUAAAGGAGUUGAAGAUUUUGUUGAUUGUUUGAGUUUUAUAGAAGUGGAGGACUUGAAGUCUUAUGGGUUUCAGUUUACAUGGAACAAAACCCCUAUGGGUAAUAUGGGGCUGUUGAAGAAGCUUGAUAGAGUUAUGGUUAAUCAAAAAUUUAUGUUGAACCAUCCUCUUGCUCAUGCUGUCUUUAAACCAUACAGAAACUCGGAUCAUUGCCCUGCUAUUUUAAAUUUUCCUGGUAACAAAGUGAAGUGGAAACCUUCUUUUAGAUUUGCGAAUUUUAUCUCUGAGAAGGAGGAAUUUCUCCCUUUGGUUAAGGAGAUUUGGGAUAAGAAUAUUGAUGGUUAUUUUAUGUUUAAAGUGACACAAAAGUUGAAGAUUCUCAAAAAACAUUGUAGGGAGAUGUGUAAUAAAUAUUGGGGAGCUGGAAAAAGAAUUCAGAAGUUAAGAAAGGAUUUGGAGUGUAAACAACAAGAUAUUGACAAUAAUCCUUUUGAUUGCAAGAUUAGGGAAGAGCAUGCUAAUAUUCUCUUAGAUUUUAAUAUUGCUUGUAAUGAUGAAGAAAAGAUUCUUGCUCAGCGUGCUAAAAUCAAUUGGUUACAGGAUGGGGACAAUAAUUCUAAAUUCUUCCACAAAAUUGUUAAAAGCAGAGGUAUCAAUAAUCGUAUUCAGAUGGUUCUGAAUGAAGAUGGUCGUUGGGUGAGUGGGAAGGCUAUGAUAGAGAAAUUUGUGUCUCAUUUUAAUCAGUUUUUGGGAUGUAAGGAUGAUACUGAUUUGGCUGGCUUAAAUGAUGAGUUUUUUCCUAAAAAAUUGGACAGUAGGGUGGCUGUUGAUAUGAUUAGAGUGGUUACUGAUGAAGAAAUUAAAUUGGCGAUGUUUUGA